AACAAGAAAAUGAAUUUGGGGAUUUGAAUGAACAAAGUGAAGAUAUUGCUGAAAAUUAUGACAAGCACCAAGAGUUAACCACCAAAACACAGGACUCUGAAGAUAUCUUUACCAAGCAAUCUAUCUCUAUUAUUACAGAGGAACCCAAACAACCAUGUCAACAUAGUCAAAGUCAUUUGUCACCCACUGGCCACUAUACUGGGCUAUUGUUACAGUUUGACUUUGCAUCAAAUGUAUCACGUCAGCAAUCCUUUGUUGUUCAUGAUUAUAAUGCAAACAAAAGAACAAUUAUGCAUAAUUCAUUUGUAUUUGUACAUCGAUAUCCCCACCUAUUGCUUGAUGGCUAUGGUUGGAUAUUGUGCUGUUCAUGUGAUGCAAAUAGAAAGCAAUUUGUUGAAGCCCUACCUAAUAAUAUACAAUUAGAUCCUCAAAAAGAUAUACCAUAUCCCAGUUGCAUACACAUAUUAGCAAUGGAAAAAUAUCUGGUAGUGUAUGAUAGAAAGUUUGGUAUUGAAGCCAAAGAUUUUAUUGAAAAAAAAUCCACAUCCAUGAUGCAGUCUGUUUUCAGUGAUCAUUCCUACCAUGAGAUGCAACCUGAAGAAGACUUGUUUAGUGCAGUGUGCAGGGAGGUUCAGUGGAUUGCUGUAAAACCAAUGAAUAGUCCAUGGGGGGUUUGUACUUUUGUGUAUUCAAAAGUAAUGCCGCCCCAGCCCGAGUUAAAAUGUUGCAGCUGCUCGUCAUAUCAUUGCAUUCAUGUGACAACCCUUGCAAAAGCCAUGCAAAUCGUUGACGAGGAUGAAAUGGAUUCUCCAUUGGUACUUUUUAAGUUUUCCUUUGGAAUUACACCAGAUGCGAGACUAUUUUGAAUUGGCUACACUUAGCAAAGAAAAGGUUUCUUUAUUUGAAA